AUGGGUAAAUCCUCCAAAGACAAGCGCGAUGCCUACUACCGUCUCGCCAAGGAACAAAACUGGCGCGCCCGAUCCGCCUUCAAACUGAUCCAAAUCGACGAGCAAUUCGAUCUAUUCGAGCACGAGAACCCAGACAAAGUCACCCGAGUCGUCGAUCUGUGCGCCGCCCCGGGCAGCUGGAGUCAAGUGCUGAGUCGCGUUCUGAUCAAGGGCGAGAGUUUUGGUCGUCGCGCCUGGGUCGAGAAGAAGCGCAAGGAAAAGGAAGCCCUCGAACGAGUCCGCAAUGGCUCAAACACCACAACCACCUCAUCAGAAGAUACCGACAUGACCGAACUGAAACCCCGCAAGAACGUCAAAAUCGUCUCCAUCGAUCUCCAACCCAUGGCGCCUCUCGAAGGCAUCACCACCCUCAAAGCAGACAUCACCCACCCCUCCACCAUCCCCCUCCUCCUGCGCGCCUUGGACCCUGAAGCCUACGACUCCACCUCCACCUCUACCACCCCCUCCGCCAUUCGUCCCCCUCACCCCGUCGACCUGGUCAUCUCUGACGGCGCUCCGGACGUAACAGGCCUGCACGACCUCGACAUCUACAUCCAAUCGCAACUACUUUACUCGGCACUCAACCUCGCCCUGGGCGUCCUCCGCCCCGGCGGCAAAUUCGUCGCCAAGAUCUUCCGCGGCCGCGACGUCGAUCUCCUCUACGCGCAACUCCGCACUGUGUUCGAGAAAGUCAGCGUUGCGAAGCCGCGGAGUAGUCGCGCUAGUAGUCUGGAGGCGUUCGUCGUGUGCGAGGGAUUCAUCCCGCCUUCCAUCCACGCCGGAACAGAGGCGCUGAAGAACCCUAUCUUCGGGGGUGUGGCUGUCCCGCCUCCUGUCUCAACGGACGGAAACGUCGGAGUGGAGGUGGUCGAGAGCGAGGACGAGGCACGCCCCGUCAAGCUGGCCCGCUAUGCUCCGGCCGAGGCGACCCUAGGCGCUGCUUCAGCGGAGUCUAGCCAGACGGAGGCGCGACUGCUUCACGAUGACUCGUUGGCGUCGGUGACGCCUACGCCGUUGGCGUAUAAGUCUGCCGGUGAGAAGUUCGCUGUCGAGAACAGGUGGAUUCCUAGGUUCAUUGCAUGCGGUGAUCUCUCGGCUUGGGAUUCGGAUGCCUCGUACACGCUGCCGCCGGAUCAUGUCAGUUUGGAUCCGGUGCAGCCGCCUACGGCCCCGCCUUAUCGGCGGGCCUUGGAGUUGAGGAAGGAGAAGGGUGGUGCGUAUGGAAAGACGAAGUUGGGUAGUCUGGGACGGGCUUGA